UCAGAGUGGGAGUAUGAUAGCGGGGAAAGCGAUUUAGAGCUUACAAGUCAUUCAUUCUGCGGCCACCCGAAAGAUAUUCGAUUUUUGUUUUUCUACAAGUGAUUGUAUUUUAAUUUUAUAUCCACGAAAGUAUCUCGGUGUUGUUUUAUUGAGCAACAUUUUAUAAUUUUCAGGAAGUUCUCCUUGUCGAAAUCUUUUUUGUCCUGUCAGAACACCAAAGAAGCUGAAGAAGGCAUCGAUGAAGCUAGGUACUACUAUAUGCCAUAUCAAAUCUUCAAAUUUAUUUAAACUUACUAUAUAUUAAGCUUAACUAUUACUUUGUUUUUUUUUUUUUUCGUAAAGAGGUGGAUAAAGGAGUUGUAGGCAAAGGAAAGAAUAAGACCUGUAGGGCAAACCUGUCCACUUUAAUUUGACUGUUGUGUAAGGUGAUGAUAGUAAGCUUAUUUCUAAUGCCUUCAUACUUAGUGUUUUGCUUAAAACAAAUUUAUUUUGUAGGAUGUUCUCCUCGUUUGAACGUUAUCUCCCAUGGAAACAGAUGAUUCCAUACGGUCCUUCAACAAAGACGAACCAGCAAAAGAGGUUAAAGGAAAUUGGUACAUGUACAACUGUACAAUGUAUUUACCGUUGUUACCCAGUUUAAUUUUAAAGUAGGGCAUAAAUUAUUGAAUGAGGUAGAGUACGAUGCGAAAGAUUGUGCAAAUUGAAUAGAAUGAUGCCCACCUCAGAUCACCAUAAUUCUGCACAUCACAUAAAAACCAAAUAACAAUUAUUGUGUUGUUUUUCAUUGUAAACAUUUCUAUAUUUGUAAACUUUUAAAAAAAACUUUGGCCUAUUCCCAGCACAGUUCCAGGAUAUCUGAAGGCGUUUUUUCUUGCAUAUACUUCACAAAACGUAGAUAAUAUUCAUCAAAAAACAUGAUUUCCAGUCUUAGUCAGAUAAUUUAGCUAUUUCAUCUUGGUAUAGGUGUAAACACACAUAUUUCGUUCACUCAAUAUUGCCCAAGCAGCCUUGUCGCUAGGCAAAUAUACCAUGUACUAACCCUGCUUCUAAAACCAUAUAUCAUGGGAUCAAGGGUAUAUUGCUUGCAUCCUCCAAAUAUGAAAAGUACCUGUUGGUUAUAAAUUAGCUGGGGGCUUGAGCCAAUUGAAAAUGGUUACGUAUUUUGAAUGAACAACAAUAAUUGACAUAUUUAUUUAUUUAUCUUCGAAAGUUCGCCUCGUGCCCAUCCUCUUUAUCUCUAUACUAUAACUUAAGCUUAAUUCUGACUUUGUCUUUUUGAAGAUCUGGAAAUAAAAGCCACUGGAAAUAAAAUGACCUUUAGGGUAAACCUGAAGCUAUUUAAAAUUUGUCUGCUGCGCAUUUAAUGAUUUUGCAGGACAUUCUUCUCGUUCUUCUUUUAUAUAUUCUGUAAAAAAGGACACAAGGACAUUGCCAAACAGUCCAUCAGUGAAGACCAGUCAGCAGAAGAGACUGAAAAAAUAGGUUAAACUUUGCAAUGUAUUCAUUUAUAUCACUGUUUUUACACUGAGGCUAAAUCCAACAAAUAUAAUAAUAAUUUCUUAUCCAAUCUUUCAGCUGAUUAUUGUAUACCUGGGAAUGUAAUUCUUACUUUAAUUAAAUAAAUAGUUAUAUUUGCUUAUUUGAAAAAUUCCAACUAUUUCAUUAUUGCUACACAGCAAUUUUAAACUAGGCAACCUUAACAGCAUAUUAUAGUCUUGUUAUAAAUUAAAUCUGCCAGUAUUUCAUUUUUUGAUCCCAGUGAGUUUUAUAUUGGGACAGGCAGAAAAAGAGGGGAAGGGUGGGCUUAAAGGGGGUGUGGUGCAUAUUAUUUAAUUUAUUGCAGGCACAAAGUAUUAAUACAAUAAGAUAGCAUUUAUAGAUCUACAAAGUAAUAAUAUUUUCUUAAUAGGGUCUUACAUUUGCACUAAAAUUCAUGGUGUCCAUCCUUAAUCAGGUAAAAACCUAUCAUUAUAAAGCAAUCAUGUUAUAAUUUCACUCUUUAGGUUGAAAUAUUUUUUAUUUUAUACAAAUGGUUUCGAUUUUCUAAUCAUGAGCCACAUUUGUAUGUACCCGUUAACACGGUUAAUUUUCUACCUGGUUCAAAUAUUUUUUGUUUUUAAUUUAUUAAAUUUCAGGUAUUUUAAUGAGAAACUUACUGGGAAAAAAAGAAUAAAGGAACCAAACACUGGUGGCAUGGCACAAGAAGAGAAGCCUGCAGGGAGAGAGAGAGAAGGGAAGAAAAGAAGAACUGCUGCCCAAGUUCAUGAUUUUUUCAGUUCAAAGAUGCAAUGCCAAAUAAAGUAUUUUUUA